AGUCCGGAAGUGCAGGAGUAUCCUGAUCUUCUUCCAAGACAAACUCGUUCUCUUCCCCAAAACCGAUCUAGGGGUUUGCUCGCUCUCCAACAGGUGUCUACGCGCGUGUCCCUCUUCAUCCACACCUGGAUCACACUAGGACCACUAGGAUGCCAAGCAACUUAGAUGACAACCGGACUUGGAUGUACAAAGAGAGAAGGAAAGUUGUUCACUCGAUCUACCCAGAUUUGGGGGAAAUGAAGAAAAUUUCAAGCGAGUGUAUGCAUUUUUGACAUUAUACACUCCGGAAUUAGCCGUCUGUCAUCACGUCAUGGUAAAAGUGCAAGUUUGUAUAUAGAGAAAACCAUACAAGCCCCUAAAUACCGGACGGCCUCUUCCACUAAAACUACAACAAUGGAAGCAGGCCCUUGAUGACACAAGAAUCGUUCUAUCGACCUAGCUCAGGUCGAAUUUUCGUGCUUUAUUUAACGGACCGUGCAUGUGCUUUUUAUGACCCCCAGAGAUGUUUCAUUCUAAAUAAUCGAGUUUUUUCCUUCCGAAAAAGGGUGUUGUCAGGAUUUCGAGUUUUAGCGUCCAUUACAAGAUGGUGCUUCCAACUGACGAGCACAGAAGAUCUCCCCUCGACCCGCACCAGCUCUACGCCUCUACACAGGUAGAAGCUCAGAGAAUAAAAAACACACAACGGCCUGCAGUUUAGAGAAAAGGGAGAGAUCAUUCAGCUGGUUUCAAUCAUCCCCGAUUAAACUAAUCACACAAUCAAGCUGAGCCAGGUUAGAGAGCAAAGACACCAAGUUAACCGCCGAACCAUGUGUCCGCAAUCCAACAGGAAUCUCCGGAGAGCUCAUAUAUAUGGCGCCAGCACUGCCCAGAGACACCACCUCGCUGCAACAACAAAGAAGCCACGCACACACACUAGACACUACACACAACUCAACGCUAGCUAGUGCAAAGAUCAGCACAGCUGCAGGAUUGCAAGCCGGAGCUGAGCUAUGGUGAUGCCGGCCUCCACUGCAUCAUCGGCGGCGUGCCGGGACACGGCGUCGGGCGCCGGCAUUCCGACGGUGGACAUGUCGGCGCCGUGGGGGCGCGCGGAGCUGUCGCGGCAGAUGGUGGAGGCGUUCGCGGAACGGGGCUUCUUCAAGGCCGUCAACCACGGCGUGCCGCCGCGGGCGCCCGCAACGCUGGACGCGGCCACGGCGGCCUUCUUCGAGCGGCCGGCGCCGGAGAAGCAGGCGGCGGGGCCGCCGGACCCGCUGGGCUACGGCAGCCGCAGCAUCGGGUCCCACGGCGACGUCGGGGAGCUGGAGUACCUGACCCUGCACGCGGACCCGGCCGCGGUGGCGCGCCGGGCCGUGGCCAUCGAUAGGGAGGACCCUUCACGGUUCAGUGAGGCGGUGAACGAGUACGUGGGAGCAGUGAGGCGCCUGGCGUGCCAGAUCCUGGACCUUCUGGGAGAGGGUCUCGGCCUCGAGGACCCCACGGCCUUGAGCAAGAUAAUCACGGUAUCCGACAGCGACUCCAUUAUCAGGAUCAACCACUACCCUCCAUCAUCUGCCGCCGCGAGCUCCGUGGGCUUCGGCGAGCACUCGGACCCGCAGAUCCUCAGCGUCCUCCGCGCCAACGACGUCGACGGCCUGCAGGUGCUCCUCCCCGACGGCCGCGGCCAGGACACCUGGGUUCAGGUGCCCGCCGACCCGGCUGCCUUCUUCAUCAACGUCGGCGAUCUCCUUCAGGCUUUGACAAAUGGCAGGCUGGUGAGCAUCCGGCACAGGGUGAUGGCCAGCACCAGCAAACCGAGGCUGUCCACCAUCUACUUCGCGGCGCCGGCGCUGCACGCGCUCAUCUCGGCGCUGCCGGAGACGGUGACCUCUGACGCGCCGCGCCGGUACAGGCCAUUCACCUGGGCAGAGUACAAGAAGAACAUGUACACGCUCAGCCUGAGCCACAACCGCCUCGAGCUCUAUAACGCCGUCAAUGCCGAUGCCGGGGAAGCUAGGCCGCGAUCAGGAAUAGCUAGCUGAGUCCAAGCUGAUAUGAUGGUGCGUAGAUGUAGGGUUUGUAUACAAAAUUUUGGCUCCUUGGCAGCUAUUAACUGCCGAUUUCUUGGUAUUUAGUAUUAUGCUGAUUUACUUUGUAACUGUUACUUAGUAUAGUAACAGAUUCAGGGUUGUGAGAUGUAAUUGUGUAGUAGAUCUAUGAUGAUGUACUGUAUUCUUAUUCUUUUUCUCUUCCUUCUGUAUUGUAGGCUGUCCGGAUCAAUAACCUAUUUGCAGUGUUCCCUCUGCUAUAUUGCAA